AUGGCUGACGCUGCCUCUUCUGUGGCCUCUCCGACGCCCGCGAAGCCCCCUGCCGCAACGAAACACCCGAGUCCCUGUAUCCCAGUAGCCCUCAAUGAAGCCGGUCUCGAUUCGCCCUCGUUCCGCGCCACCGCUCUCUUCUUCGCCGACCAGGUUGAUGCCAUCGAGCGAUGGUUGGAGGGGCAUGCAAGGACCACUUCCAAACUGUCCCACGACAUGCUAGCAUUGGAGGAGACCAUCAACAACUACCUGUCCAAGAUCACACCGCCGCCGGGCAUCGUCUCCCUCGAUCAUGACUACACGGCCCUGGCCUUGAAGAGGGUGGGCGACGGAUCCAAGGAGUGGUGGAUGCAGGUCUUGAACACGGCCCGAAAGAUGGACACAUUGUCGGUCGAGCCCAUCCGACACUUCCUCCAGGGCGACCUGCGGAACUUCAAGGAGAUGAGGCGCGCUCUGGACCAUACCCAGAAGAGCUUCGACUCGACCUUGGCUCGGUACGUUGGCCAGUCCAAGGCGAAGGAGCCUUCGUCUUUGCGCGAGGACGCUUUCGCCGUGUACGAGACCCGCAAGUCGUACCUGAAGGCCGCCAUGGACUUCUGCUUCUUCGCCCCCCAGCUCCGCCUCAACCUCGACAGGCUGCUUGUGCGCGUGUCGACUGAUAUGUGGCGGGAGAUGAAGAAGUCGCGAGACUCACCUGGAAGCUUUGCAAAGUAUACCCACGAGCUGGACCGCGUAAAAGGGUGGUCCAAGGAGAUGGAACUGACCGAGGCCAUGUUCAAACGUGAACUCUCGGCGGCCAGACGAGAUAUCGGAGAGAUAACGUUGGCCAACUUCAAACCGUCACGGGAGAUUGACGACUACAGUGCAUCUACCGUCCCGUUUCUUGGGUCGAGAGGACCUAUGAACGUCACAGCACAAGGCAAGGCGGCAGCCAUCAUGGAAAAGCAAGGCUGGCUGUUCCUGCGGACCAUCUCUGGGAAGCCGUCAAGGACAAAUUGGAUACGGCGGUGGUAUUACUGCCGCGAUGGCAUCUUCGGAUGGCUCGUCAACGGGCCUCAGGGCGUUCUACAGGGCGAUGAGAUUGGAGUUCUUCUAUGCAAUGCCAAGCCUGCUGUCCAGGAGGAGCGUCGUUUCUGCUUCGAAGUCAAGACAAAGAACCAGACUCUGCUACUCCAGGCCGAGACACAGCAUCAACUAAUGGAAUGGCUCGAGGUCUUUGAGGUCGCGAAGAAGCGAGCCUUCGAGGCAAGCGUCGGCAGAGACAACUCUCUAUUGCCGGGUGGUAUCGAUCCAGCCUUCUCCAUCACGCCCCCGUCACUGCCAGAAUUCUCAGCCAAGUCAUUAGACGCUCAAAUCGAUGAGGCGACUGGCGGCGACCGGUCCGGGAACUUGGGAGUCCCCGGAGCAGAAGGUGGGUUGAUGCCUAGACCGAGUGUCGAUGUCACCUCAGCUCCUCCGAAGCGCGCGGCCACCUCCCUUGGUCGCGAGGAGGGGGAGAGCGGUCGCGAGCACGCGGCGAGGAUUAUGCAGAAGCUGGAUCUUCACCGCAAGUCCAACUUCGUCUCAGGCGCUGAUGCCAUGGCUCUACCGUCACCGGGUCCGAGUGGAGGUAUAGCUAGCCUCAUUUCGGCGAGUCACGGUCUCUUGCCUGGGUACAGUACGCCUGGAAUCACUCAGAUGCCGACUUCAAAGCCACCUCUGUCACCCAUGUUGCUUGGUCCAGAGGCCCAGAUCGGCAGCCUCGCACCUCCAACCUUAGCCAAGCCACCGACAAUGACUGUCCUUAGUAGGACAGCCGUCGUUUAUAGCAGUGAAAGGACGUUCAGCGCCAACCCCACUCAGACGAUGCCGACGGCCAUAAUGGCCAACUACUGGGGAAGCAAUGCUUGGGGUCAGGAGUAUGCUGUCAAAGCUAGCCGGGCAGAUCCGAGCUCGGAUGAUCCGUUUGGGCCGAACUCCCCAUCCAUCAAGCUGACUACCUUGAGUGGAAAUGAAGAUCUGAAGAGCGCCUCGGCCAUAUCUCUACACAAGAAAGCGAUCAGCAUGGAUGCGAGGAUAAACCAUCCGAAGAUCAUACUGCCUGCAGCGGACAAACCGGCCUACGAGAAGUUUCCACCGAACUAUCCAACCGAGCUGAAAACGAAUUCUGCACAGUUCCGCCUGCUUUUCCCAAGUGCACCUCUGGACGAGAAACUGGUCCUUGUCUUCCGGGCUUCCUGGAACAGCACAUCGCCUGAUGGUAGCCUGCCCCCUAUGGCCGGCAAUGGGCGUGUAUACAUGACCACGGACAACAUGUACUUCUACGGCCACCAGAUGGGUCUUGUGGUGGCAUACACCAUCAGUCUUGAUGAUGUCACUGAGGUCACAGCCGCCCCUGGGAAAGAUUGUGACUUCAUCUUCCUACAUCUAAGCCAAGAUUCGGACAGUACGGGGUACACCCGACUCACGAUCAAGACCUUCCUUGAGGACUUGGACCUGCUCCAUGCGCGACUGAACCUCCUGGUCGAUGAUUUGCAGGCUGAGGAGCCCAUGGAACUGCCCGAACUCAUAAGGGCACUCAUCAACCUCGAGCAUGAAGACUACGAGAAAAGGAGCCCGAGCGCCGAUAGCUGGGAGAAUGUUUCUGCACACACCCCGAUCGAUGAUGGCACGGCAGCUGGCAGAGCGGCUAGUCCAAGGUCGAAUGAUUUCGCAUUCAGGUCGAGGAAAGCAGCCACCCGCAAGCCGAACCAGAAACUGCAGCUUCCAACUCACCCCGUCCUAUACGAACCUGAAGAUAUGCAGAGGAAGUGUGCAGACCGAAUCUUCGAGAUCAGUGCUAAGGCUUGUUUCCACGUUUUAUUCGGAGACAAGAGCUUCGUGUUUCCCAAGCUUUACUUCGAGCGCAGAGCUCAGGCAAUUGCGCAGGGCCCAUGGAAGACGAAUGAGGCUGGCAAUAUGCAGAGACUUUUCCGCUUCAAGGUGGACUCCCUCAAUAGGCUUGGUCGGUCCCGAGUGGAAGAGGUCACUGAUGAGCAGACCAUCGAGAUAUUUAGUGAUCACGUCACAUACGUGGUCACCCAUGUCAAGACUCCAUGGCACCUCCCGCAUGCGCAUGGCUUCAAGCUGGUGACAAAGAUUGUCAUUACACAUGUUGCCAAGUCAAAGUGCAAGCUUGCUAUCUUCACGAAGGUCGCAUGGUCCAAUCCACCAAAGCUUGCCAAGAACCUCGUCGAGCGAGAAGCUCUCAACGAUGCUGAUCAAGACGCCGAAGAGCUGGCCGAGGUUGUAACAGAUCAAGUCCGGAGGCUUGGCCAUCACCGCCGGACGAAGAGAGCGAUCCAGGUGUACGGGAACAUUGGACUGCAAACCCAAGUUAUCGUCUUCUCGCCCGGGGAGGCAGAGUCCUCAAGGAAACCUCACAUCAACCCUCGCACCCUCGGCUCCAUGCUCUUGGAAACCAUCCGAUCUUUUGCCGAGAGCGUCGCGUCCACUCUCGUCAUGUGGGCUUUCGCGGUGGUCAAGAAGCUUUGGGACGUUGUCACGGCCCAACGCGUCAUACUUGCGUUCCUGGGCUUCAGCAUCUUGACGAACGUGGUUUUCUCGUCCCAAGGCAGCUUCACGUGGUGGAACGAGCGGCGCGCCGCGAAUUUCAUGAAUCGCGUCGGUGUCAGUCCUAACGUCAUGAUGAGCAAGGCGAUAUACCUGACGGACCUGGAUGAGGCGGCCAGGAGCUCGGCGAUACAGCCAUCCUGGCCGCAGGACAGCUAUUGCUACUCGACAUUCCAAUCCAUCGCCAACAGCAGUAAUAUCGACGCGCCUUAUGAGGAAUCAGGCUCGACAUUAUCCUGGGCCUCGAGCCGUGGGACAGCGCGCCGACUCCGCCGCACGCGCCAGAAGCUGGGGUCGUACCGGCAUGACCUGCUCGUGGCCAUGCGCAUGGUCAACAGCGUCGAGACGGAGAUGCUCCACUCCGAGUGGGAGAACUGGCUGCUCGACGAGAACGGGCGCUGUGAGCAGGUCGGCGCCGCACUCCGGGCCUGGAACUCCACCUCUACUACUUCUUCCGACGCGUCGGCGCCUGUCCUGAAGGGCGAGGUCGCGCAGAAGCUGCUCGGAGAGAAGGGUGACGGCAGGAAGGACGAGGUGAAGCGUGAGAAUCUGCGGAGAUGGCACGUGGAGUACUGCGGCAGCUGCGGCGCUGACCACGAGGCGCUGAUGCGCGAGCGGGAGGAGGCUUCUAUGGCUCCGUUCUAG